GGGUCCUUCGGGGUCCUUCGUGCCCGGAGUCGCUCCGCCUGCCUCCUCACGUAAACCUUCCACCCGAGGAAAAGACGGUGUUUCACACUAAAGUCCGGACCAGCCGAGCGGGUUGCGGAAGCGAUGAUGGGCGGCAGGACGAGCGCGAUCGCCGCGGGCGUGUGCGGGGCUUUGCUCGUCGGCUACUGUGUUUACUUCGACAGGAAGCGAAGAAGUGAUCCGGACUUCAAGAACAGGCUGCGGGAGCGCAGGAGGAAGCAGAAGGCGGCCAAGCAGAGGGAAGGUCUGACAAAGCUCCCAGACCUGAAGGAUGCUGAAGCGGUGCAGAAGUUUUUCCUGGAAGAGAUUCAGUUGGGAGAGGAGCUGCUGGCUCAGGGCGACUAUGAGAAAGGUGUGGACCACCUGACUAACGCCAUUGCUGUGUGUGGCCAGCCUCAGCAGCUGCUGCAGGUGCUGCAGCAGACUCUGCCACCCCCUGUCUUCCAGAUGCUGCUCACCAAGCUGCCCAGCAUCAGCCAGCGGAUCGUGAGCGCACAGAGUCUGAGUGAGGACGAUAUAGAAUGAGAUGAUAAAAAGCUGCCGCUCGACCCUCGGCCCGGCAGCGUCUCGGCCUCCAUCACUAUAAGGAGUUAGUUUUUUUUUUAACCCUGCUUUGUCCAUCGCAGUCUUUGGUUUUUACAUAAGUGAACGUCUCAAUUGUAGAAAUAAAUCAGUCUGGUUUGAAGCAUCAGGACGGUGGUGGUUCACACCGUGUCUUCAUUCUGCUCAUGCUACAGAAUAUUUAUUGUUUAUUAUCAGUCAUUUUCAUUUCAGUAUAAAUGCUUUUUAAAAAGUGACAGAUUUUUGUUCAUUUUCAAAGAUGAUGAAUCUCUUCAAGACAUUAAAAAAAUUCAAAGUACA